AUCCUGAUAAUUUGUGUCCCGGCUGCGAACACAACAACUGCAUGUUGCUGCCUCUGGAACAAAGAGUUGCCUCGCUCCACGCCAUCUCACCUCUGGCGCUGCUGGGAUCAAACUCACCGCCCUCUCUGUCAUCAGGCGCCCCAGCCUAGCCUCGGACCUGGAUUCUUGGCCCAGCCCACGAGUCGGGGCUUGGGGGGGAUUAAGCCUUGGGACCUGCUUAUCGCUCGCCCGGAGACGUUGGGCUGGGCUGGAGCCCCGUUUGCCUUGUCAUGGUAUCGCUGCUCCUGCUGGAGGCUGCCUCCUUCAAUGUUAAUGUGCCUCACCGCUCCUUGGGCCUGUAUCGCCAUCUUCAUCUGCCAUUCCGCCCCAUCAGGGCCUGUUCUCGCCAAUGCCGCUGCAACUGAGGUGAAAAGGAGAAAAAGAUGAAAGAAAAGCAGAAAUGGACGAGCCCGAGGCUCCGUCUCCUGAACGUUUCUACUUCAUUGCCACCUGUAGGAAAAAAACACAAUGAUGGAGAUUGAGGUUCAGACUGAUCUCCUGCAAGAAGCCAAGGAGAGUAUCGAAGCAGCAAAGAGCUAUAAGGAUGAGUUGGAACAACGGUUACAAGGACUAAAUCAAGCAAGAAAACAGAUCACUGAAAGUGCAGUGCAGACACGUGAUGUUUUGAAGAAUCACUUUAAUGACUUGAAGGCCAGGUUGACCAAGCUGCUAGAUGAACGGUUAGUGAUGUUGCUCCAGGAAGUGGAUAAAAUUGAGCAGGAGAGCAUCAAGCCCCUCGACGACUGUCAGAAGUUAAUUGAGCAUGGUGUAAACACAGCAGAUGAGCUACUUCGAGAAGGAGAGGUUGCUGUGUGCUGUGGAACAGCACAAGAGGAGAAACUUGGAAACUUCACUAAAAAAGCUUUGCAAAUCCAACUUGACAGUUUGCCAGAAGUCCCUUCAUUGGUGGAAGUACCAUGUUUAUCAGCUCAGUUAGAUGAAAGCUUGCUCAGUUUUGUCAAGGACCGAAUCUUUAGCCAUGGAGCAAUCGCAUCUCGCCCUCCUGUUCAGAUAGACGAACUGACUGAAAGGCCUGGAGGGAUUCUUGUGCGAUGGUGCAAGGUUGAUGACGACUUUGUGGCACAAGAAUAUCGACUGCAGUUCUGUAAAAAUUCUACCUGCCAAUUUGAUGAUGUCUACAUUGGACCCGAUACCGAAUUUGUAGUUUUGCACAUUGACCCCAAUGUUGACUACAUGUUCCGUGUUUGUGCACGGGGAGAGGGGCGCAUGGAGUGGAGUCCUUGGAGUAUUCCGCAGAGUGGGUAUACCACUCUGACUGCACAUGAGUGGAUCACCGGUUGCGAAGGGUUUAGUCUCAGCAGUCGUAGAGACAUGGCACUGCGGAAUGAUUCUCCUUCAUCUGGUGUGUUGUAUUCUAAGGAGCCCACUUAUACUAGUGGACAGACUCUGACAUUUCGAAUGGAGGCGACAGGACUCCCAGAUAAGAGAGACAGUAUUGGUGUGUGUGUUGAGCCACAGAAUGAGUGUGAUUCCUUACAGAGAGACAAGGCCGUUUGCAUCAGCUCAAAUGGGGCUGUAUUUGUAAAUGGCAAAGAAAUGACAAAUCAGCUACCAUGUGUUUCUACUGGGUCAUCAGUGACCUUUGACAUGGAAGUUGUGAACUUGGGUUCCAGUUUCAGUGAUGGUGCCAGCUUCAAGCUGAGAAUGAUCAUAAGUUCUGGCAAUCGAGAAGUUGUGUUUGAUUGGCUGCUUGAUCAACCCUGUGAAGCCUUGUAUUUUGGAUGUUCCUUUGUGUAUCCAGGUUGGAAAGUACUGGUAUUUUAGACUCCAAUGAAUCCUCAUUUCCAAAUAGGGGAGGAUCAUCCUUUCCUUGAAGCUUCAGCUGUUGGAAAAGCCCUGAGCUUCAACGUAAUUAUUUAAACAAGAUUUGAAAAGGUUACAGAAGGUGAUUGUUUUUUUUAAAGAAGUGAAAUAAAACUGAACUUCAGUAUUAAAGAUGGAGAGUCCUGACAAUCCUGCCAAAUCUCUGCAAAAUCAUUGAAUAAAAGCAAUGCACAAAGCACCUGUGUUCUUGACAAGAUGAAUUUUGAUGACCUGCCUGUCAUUGGCAAUUUGAGGGGCGACAAAUACUUGUCUUAAUGAUCCACUUUUCUUCUACGUUACCAAGGUUCUAUAUCUUCAUUUUAAAACUAGUGGAGCAAUGGUAAUGUGAGAUGAGUAUCAAGUUACAAGUUGUUCCAUACAGCUCUACUAAAAGCAGAUCAUUACCACACAAAAUCCACAUGCCCCUUCACUUCAUAUUCUUCAAUUGCAUCCGCAGUGUCCCCUUCAAUGUUGCUCUGCCAUUCACAGCAAGUUAAAGUGGAUCUGUGUACUUAAGCCUAAUUUUAAAUUUAAAUAUUGUAUGCAGCUUGAGCAAUUUCAACCGUCCCAGGAUAAGUAACGAGUACAGUUUAACUUGAAAGACAUUUAGAGCCUUUUAAAAAAAAGGACUUCUGCCUGGUCUAGAUAAAGUUAUCAAUUUUUAGCCUUUGUAUUUCAGAUCAAGAUGUUAAUCAUGUACAGCCAGUGAAAUAGGAAUGAUUAAUCAGCCACUAGUUCAGUUCUGCCUUUUGCAACAUAGAACAUUAGAACAAAGUUUUAUUCUAAUGCUCUAGUGGAUAAAUUCACAAGUGAAAAAUUAAGAUUGAUUAGUGUACACCUAAAACAUUGUCAAAUAAGUCAACAGGUGAAGAGUAUUUCUUAUCACUGACAUUAAAAUAAAUGUAUACAAUUUCUUUCUGCUUAAAGCAUUCAGAUCAUGAUCGUAAUAAUAUAGAGGAGAGCCAUCCUGACUAUGAAAUUGCUGCUUGCAUGUUUUUCUAUCAGGAGCAAAACAAACAAAUAAACAUUCAGGUAAAAAUGAGAGAUCGUUGUAUUUUUGUUCCAAAUUUAAAGCCACAGACUUUAUCCAACUUGAUUUCCAUUCAAAUAAACAACAAACUACCUAAAGAAUUAUGACAUUUUCCUUCCCCAUUACUGUCAUCAACUGGUGGGAGGUAAUUACAUUGUUUCCAAUAUAUGUGAACAUGAGUAAUGAUGCAGAAUUGUCUGGAAGUUUGUGUUGUGAUAUGUAUAUUUUUGCAUUUGUAAUUCACUGAAAACAAUUAAGUUUUAAAACUUGUUGAAUUACGUAAAGUGCCUUUUAUCAAUAUAAGCAUGAUUUUUCAUAGAACAAUCAUUGUUUAAAAGUGCCUAUAUACAGUCCUUUAUAUUUUAAGAUUAAUAUUGACAAAUUCACAGUAUAAUGAAUUAAACCAUCAUUCUGCUUUAAAUACAAACUUUAACAGGCAUUGGCUUGAAUUGCUCUGGCUAAGUUUGGUCCGACAUGGUGCUAAACUGCUAAUCUUAAAGAUGUUUCUUGUGUUUGAGUUGGGCCAGUUCUUAGUGAGUUAGUGUAGAUCAACAUCCCAAUUUAAAUCUCGUCUAUAGCAGCUGAGAAGCAACCACUUGCCUUCUAAUCCAUCUUGGAUGGAGAUGGGGAUUAGAAAAUCCCCACCUCCAGUAAGAUUGUAGGGAAAAAACAAAAGGGUAAGAAAGCUAUUACCUAAACUCAGCUGUAAAGAGUAAAGUAUCAGAGAAACUGUGGAACUGUGCCAAUGCAGGAAUUGUGCACCCCUCCCAGCAGUGAUUCAAAAAGCCAAAUGGCAAUUUGUAGGGGCCUAUUAUAAACUGUUAAGUGAUAUUACAUUGUAGUAAACACACUUUAAAGGGAAGAAUGUGUUCAUUGCAAUGGUAUACCAGUCAAUUGAUCCAUUCACUAUAAUCUAACUGAAAAGAAAAUAAUGAGACCCAAUCAAAUUAAAUUUUAUUUUACCUCCACUUUUUAAAUGGAACAUUACCAGAUAUUAUGCAACUUUCCAGUUGUGAAAUGUGCUUGUCUUUAAUCUUCAAUGUAAUAAAAGUAUUU